CAAGGUAGAGAGAGGUACAUUGGAUAUGCAGGAAGUGGGAGCGCCGUCCCGUGGUGAUUAGUUGGGGCAGUUCCAUGGUUAGAUUUAUGGCACGCAGUUGUUGAACGCCUGACAGACAUCGGAGGCAAGGGCUCCACCGCUGCUACCCCUUUUUCUGCUGCUGCUGCUUCAGAGGAGCUCUGUUUGCUACCGGAGAGGAAGCUCUGUCUCAGCACACAAAGCAGAUGGUGAGGGAGCAGUAUGUCACCACCACCCAGGACAGCAGUGUCCCUGCCCUGGUCCCUGACUCCAUCUAUAAGAUCGGGAUCUACGGUUGGAGGAAGCGCUGCCUCUACCUGUUUGUCCUGCUGCUCAUCAUCAUCCUCACCGUGAACUUUGCCCUCACCAUAUGGAUCCUCCGGGUCAUGUGGUUAAACACAGAAGGGAUGGGACAUCUAAAAGUAACAGCGGAGGGAGUGAGGCUUGAGGACGGCAAGUCAGAGUUCCUCUUUCCUCUCUACGCCCAAGAGAUCCACUCCAGAGUGGACUCCUCUCUCCUGGUGCACUCAUCUGAAAACGUCACUCUCAAUGCCCGCAAUGAAAAUAAUGAUGUCACAGGAAGUCUCUCCGUAGGUCCAGAUGUGGCCCAGGGAAAUGCACUGAAUUUUGUCAUCAGCUCCAACACCAAGACGCUGUUUUCUGCAGAUGACAAAGAGGUGGUUGUUGGAACAGACACACUUCGUGUUACAGGUCCAGAAGGUGCUCAGUUUGAACACUCUGUAGAGACACCCCUGCUCAGAGCUGAGCCCUUCAAAGACUUGAGGCUGGAGUCUCCAACCCGCUCUCUCAGCAUGGAUGCACCAAAGGGAGUCUUUGUCAAAGCACUGGCCGGGAACAUCGAGGCGGCAUCUAACAUGGAUAUUCUAUUGCACUCCAGUGAAGGACUGGUAAUUCUGGAUGCCGAGACGGUGCGUCUGCCGAGUCUCCCCCUGGGACAUGGAGGGGUGUCUGGAAACGCUCAGGUACUCUACGAAGUGUGUGUCUGUCCUAGCGGAAAGCUGUUCCUGUCCAAGGCUGGGGUCACCUCCAUGUGCAGCGAAAGCCAAGAGUGCUAGCGAGUGUCUUUGCCAUCAGAUUAUACCAUAUUGAAUGAAAAUGCCUUUAAAUUGGGUACUCUGACACACUUUCAUAUAAAGCAAAAAAACGAUCACAACUUUUCAAUUCUGAACAAAACUGCCAGGUGAACUGCAGACAUAUCCUCCAAGUAAUUUAUCUAUGGUGCAUAUUAUUGAUGGAAGUUACAUUUGAGACUAUUUUACUAUGUAACUGAAACAGUGACAUGACAACUUUAUACCACAUUAAUAAGUGGCUUACUUCUGCAGUAUAGUUGUUGAUACCAUUUUAUGUUUACACUGAGUUGAGAUAUUUUAUAAUUACGGUAUUAUGGCUGGGCAAUGAGGAGCUGGUUAACAGAUUAUAUCCUAUGCAAUGUGUUUUAUGUGGGCCCGGUUUCCUGGACCCAGGUGAAGCUUAGUCCACAAUGGAGAACCUCCCAAUGAAAGUGAUUUUUAGUGUAGGCUUCACCUGAGUCCGGGAAACCGGCCCAUAGUGUAUUAAUGUUGGGCAAAUGGAGAGAAAAGGAUGAUAUGAUCUAGUCUGUAGAUAUAUACCAAACAUUGGGAACACCAUCCUAAUAUUGAGAACAGCCUCAUGGUGUCAAUUGUUCCACAGGGAUGCUGGCCCAUGAUGACUCCAUGUUUCCCACAGUUGUGUCAAGUUGGCUGGAUGUCCUUUGGGU